UCUUUAAAUUAAGUGGUCCUUGCACUGUGAAGAUUGUCAAAAGUGAAGCAAUCAAAAUGAGGAAAUGCCAGACUCUAACCGGGACAACAAAAAAAGUUUGCUUGAGAACUGGGUAGAGAGGUUGCUGGGAAAAUGUGACGUGUGGGUCCCAAUGGCCUCUGUCCCUGAUUAUUCAGUUAUUAUUUGAUUUAUGUGGUCUUGCUGCUGCCCUUGCUUUGACCCUCAGAACGGCUGUGUGGGAAGUUUGUGUCUCUCAGAUAGAGUGAAGCGCUGCUCUGCAAAGUGUUUGGAGCCAAUGUGAAUGCAAAGAAACUGAUAAAUACAGAAAAGGCUCUCUGUGCUCCAGAUGCACCCCAAAGGGGAACUAUAAGAAAACAGCUCCUUGGAACUAGGCACUGAAAUAAUCUUAUCUUUUGACAACAUCUUGACUCUUCAGUUUAAAGUAACCAGAAGCUUUUUGAAAGCAUGUAACAUUCCGAACUGAAUGAAGCAGUGGGAGCUAGAGCAGACUAUGGCAAAUACCUUUGUGACCAUACCCGAUGGGUACUGCCUUAGUGACCCAAUCCAGUAUUAUGAUGCCUUCCCAGAACACAUCAGUUAUCCACUUCAAGAUCUUGACUUCCAAGCUGCUCCUUAUUGUCAGUAUUCAACCAUUCAGUUUCCUGCAGCAUUACAGACUCCAUCUCCCCAAACACAGUACAGCACAUACAACUUGGAUUCUCAAUACAGUGAUGGGCAAUACAUCAUCAGCAAUUGUGAACUCAGUAAGCCCACCUGCAUGGGUGCCCAGAAUGAUGGGGGAGGAUAUCUUGGACAGAAAAGACCCAGGCUUAGUCACUCUGCCUUGCGAAUAAAGGGACAGGAAGAGCUCUGUGUGGUUUGUGGGGACAAGGCUUCAGGAUAUCAUUACAACGCACUCACCUGUGAAGGCUGCAAAGGAUUUUUUCGACGUAGCAUCACGAAAAACGCCAUCUACAGAUGCAAGAAUGGUGGCCACUGUGAAAUGGAUAUGUAUAUGAGGAGGAAGUGUCAGGAGUGUCGCCUAAAGAAAUGUAAAGCUGUGGGAAUGCUGGCUGAAUGUCUACUAACAGAAGUCCAGUGUAAAUCAAAACGCCUCAGAAAGAAGAGUAGCUUCCUUUGUAGCAUCAAAAUGGAAGUUGAGGGAGUGGACAACAAGCAUGUAUCCUCUACAACAAAACCUUUAAAAGUAGGGUAUUUUAAAAAUAAUUUUGAUUGUUGUAUUUUAACUGUUGUAUUUUGCUUUAAAGACAUGCACAUCUUUCUUUCUAAGGUGCAGGAGCGAAUGGAACUGACUCCUGGAGAACAUCAGCUCAUUGACCAUAUUUUGGCUGCCCAUCAAAAAUGCACAAUUCCCUUGGAGGAAGCAAAGAAGUUUUUGCAGGAAACUGCCAAUGCUGAAGAGAACUUCCUACAUCUUUCAGAAACAGCUAUGGUUCAUGUCCAGGUACUAGUGGAUUUUACAAAAAGACUUCCAGGGUUCGAAAGUUUAGCCAGUGAUGAUCAGAUUGCAUUGCUGAAAGGCUCCACAAUUGAAACAAUGUUUUUACGUUCUGCCCAGAUAUACAAUGAGCAAGGGAUUGAAUGCCAGUCAUCAUUCCAUGAAAGUCAAGUAAAAUUUUCUGCCAAUGCUAUAUGUGCUCAAGAUAAAAGUACUUACUUAGGACUGUCUCAUACUGAAGAAAGCCCAACAUCAACUACUACAACAGGUAUCACUGAGGAGUUUAUCACUGCACUAUUUUAUUUCUACAGGAGCAUGGGAGAACUCAAUGUGACAGAGAGAGAGUAUGCAUUGCUUGUUGCAACUACUGUGUUUUUUUCAGAUCGUCCACUCCUAAAAAACAAACAACAUGUGGAGAAACUCCAGGAACCCUUUUUAGGAAUUCUGUACAAGUAUUCAAAGAUAUAUCACCCUGAAGAACCACAACAUUUUGCCCGUCUCAUAGGGCGACUCACUGAACUCAGAACCCUCAAUCACAACCACUCAGAAGUCCUAAUAACCUGGAGAACAAGGGAUCCUAAGCGGAUACCUGUACUUUGUGAAAUAUGGGACUUGCAUUAAACAAUCUGCCAAUUA